CAUCAAAUGGGGCGCCAUGCUUCACCAACAGAUAGAGUCCCCACCUUCUCCGCCCAGACUCUACCUCCAGGCUCAGCGCCAAAAGAAUCAACGUACCAGCCCAACCCCGAACCGAAUAACCAAGGCAUGUACCAGUCGGCCGCCAGGACGCUGACUGGAGCCGACUCGGCCGACGUGAACCGCGGACUGGGAGCGCCCGUCCAAGGACAGUCGAGCGCAGAACUUCGCCACGACGGACAGGCGCACAGGCACCAACACCACAAGGGCAUCUUGGGCCACGGUUCUUCGAUGAAUCAAGGAAACAUCAACCCGCAACACCCAUCUUUUGCAGGUCAGAGAGCCCUGGAGGAGGAUUAUCCGACCGGAAGGAGCACCGGGGCUGGAGGCGCCCCUGCGGAGGAUAGGUUCCCGGAGCAGGCAGGUUACAACGUGAGGAGAUGAGUGGGUUACUUGGGGAGGUUGAAGGUGGGCUGCUUUGCAUCCAGCAUUUGUGUACGACUAUCAAAAUCGGGGUGGGAAUUGUGAGGCACAAGCAUGUCAUGCGUUUAUGAACCAAUGCAAUAGCAUUUAUUUUCGGCAGUAGGCGAGCAACUGUAUAACAAUUUGCUUUGGAUAUCCAAUGUUUUCCUGGUUCGUUAAUUCCUACAUCGUGUGGCAGAUUGGAUGAGCGC